CGCGCAGGGCAGGCCAAGAGGCGGCCGCUGGGUCAGCGCAGCAUCCACCUGCCCGCCCGGGCGCGGGCGAGGGACGCUAUCGCAGCAGAACUUCCCGCCCGAGCGCGGCACCGUCGAUGCGCUGCUGGUCUCGCGUGACGACGCCAUGUGCCGAACAAGCAGGUGCAGAAACUGCCGCUGCACGAUGCAGCCUUCACCCGCAGCUAGAGGUGCAUCCUAGCGUCGCCGGUAUCGCCAAAAGCCCGCUUCGGUCGGCUGCUCGCCCGUGGUGUGCGUACCCCGCACCACGCCUCGUCAGGGUGCAUCGCCACCCGCCGGCGCACGCGCUGGAUGCUGCCCAGCGGCGCCGUCCUCGGACCUGCCUGAUACGGAGGCCUGUCGCGGCGUAUAUAGCCUCGCACCUCCGUCGCAGAGGAAGAAGCACGCCCCAUAUCGCAUUCCUCGCCUGUCACCAUGCGCCUCACUCUUACCACCCUCGCGCUCCUGCUCGCGGCCGGCGCCAGCGCGGCACCGUCGCCGGCGAUGCUCGUCAAGGAGUCCGUGGCGGCGCCGCGCGGCUGGGUGCGCCGCGGCGACGUGCCGGCGGGCACGACGAUCCCGCUCUCCUUUGCCCUCAAGCAGCGCGGCGCCGCCGAGCUCGAGGCGGCGCUGCUGGCCGUGUCGGACCCGGCGUCGGCGCGCUACGGGCAGCACCUGACGCGCGACGACGUGGCGGCGCUGCUGGCGCCGGCGCCCGAGGCACAGCAGGCCGUGCGCCGCUGGAUGGCCAGCCACGGCAUCGAGGAGGACGUCGAGGCACGCAGCUACGCCGGCGACUGGAUCCGCGCCCGCGUGCCCGUCGAGAAGGCGCGCGACAUGCUCGACGCCGACUUUGCCGUGUGGGCGCGCGACGGCGACGAGCGCCAGAUCGUGCGGGCGCUGCAGUACAGCCUGCCGCGCGAGCUCCACGAGCACGUCGACCUCGUCGGCCCCACGACGUACUUCGGCGAGCCGCUGGCGCACCGUGCGCCGUCGCGCCUCGUCGAGACGAUGCCCGAGGGCUGGAAGCCGGCCGUGGCCGGCGCUGGCUCGCGCGUCGCCGCCAUCAACGUCGCCGGCGCGCCGGCCGUGUGCCUGACGGCGAGCACGACGAUGCAGUGCCUGCGCGAGCUGUACAAGACGGCCGACUACAAGCCGCAGGCGCCGGGCAAGCAGUUCAUCGGCAUCAGCGGCUUCCUGGAGCAGUACCCCAACGCGCAGGACCUGCAGCAGUUCCUCGCGACGGAGCGCACCGACGCCGUCGGCUACAUGUACAACUUCACCAGCAUCGACGGCGGCCUCAACGACCAGUCAAUGCCCGGCGUCGAGGCAAACCUCGACGUGCAGACGAUCGCGGCGCAGGCCUACCCGAUCCCGAGCACGUUCUACUCCGUCGCCGGCCGCCCGCCGUUCACCGCCGACACCAACACGCCGACCAACACCAACGAGCCGUACGCCAGCGAGUUCGAGUACCUGCUGGCCCAGCGCAGCGUGCCCAGCGUCGUCAGCACGAGCUACGGCGACGACGAGCAGACGGUGCCGACGCCCUACGCGCUGCGCGUGUGCGGCGAGAUCGCCGCGCUCGGUGCACGCGGCGUCUCGAUGCUCUUCAGCAGCGGCGACUUUGGCGUCGGCGCCGACAACACGUGCUUCUCCAACGACGGCAAGAACCGCACGACGUUCCUGCCCGCCUUCCCGGCGUCGUGCCCCUGGGCGACGACCGUCGGCGCGACGGAGGCAUACGCGCCCGAGGUCGCCGUGUCGAAGAAGAUCGGCGGCUACUUCGGCGGCGGCGGCUUCUCCAACAUCUUCCCCGCGCCUGGAUAUCAGAAGGCGGCCGUGUCGGCGUACGUCAAGAGCCUCGGCAACCAGUACCAGGGCCUGUACAACAAGAACGGCCGUGGCUACCCGGACGUCGCGGCGCAGGGCUCGCGCUACCUCAUCGUCGACGGCCACCGCUACGUGCACGUCGGCGGCACCUCGGCCAGCUCGCCGACGUUUGCCGCGGUCAUCUCGCUCGUCAACGACGCCCGCCUCGCGGCCGGCAAGCCGGUGCUGGGCUUCCUCAACCCGCGCCUGUACGCCGGCGUCGGCGCGGCGGCGCUCAACGACAUCACCAGCGGCUCGAGCGCCGGCUGCAACACGGCCGGCUUCCCGGCAGCCAAGGGCUGGGACGCCGUGACGGGCUUCGGCACGCCCGACUUUGAGAAGCUGCGCACGGCGCUGGCCUGAUGUGACCGCAACCCAGAUGCGCC